AUGAUCACGGGUGUGGAGAGAGCAAUAUAUGCGAAUCCCCACGGUGAUCGAACCACCGAAGACGCUGGAUAUGAAGAACCGACCAGGGCUGAGGAGUUCGUUGAUCAUACAGCCCGUGAGGAGAAAAGAAAUGUACUGAUUGUUGUCUCCUAUGAGGGUGAUCUGGAUCCGAUGGACCUGCAUAACUUGCCGGUUCUUAGGCGUCUUGCAUACACAACGCUUAUUUCCUUGCUUGGAGCAUUGACAUUGUUUUCGUCUACUAUUGACCCUCUAGCUUUGAUUGAAACUACACAGGUAUUUCAUACCACGUUUGAGGUUCAGAGUCUUCCAACUGGUAGGUUCAGCUGCUCUCGCCCUGCCCUCUUUCUGAUUCUGUCGGGGCUUGGAAGCGUGUUGACUGGCCCUCUAUCGGAAGUAAUGGGGCGGAAUCCGGUAUAUAUCGUCUGUUUAACCCUCUUUAUACUCUUGGAUUCGGGUGCAGCCCUGGCCCAAAACGUGGUCCAGCGGAUCCUGUGUCGCGGCUUGGUUGGACUAUUUGCUUCGGGCCCAUUGGUAUGCUCCGGUGUGGCUCUUGUUGACCUCUGGUCCCUUGUUGAGCGCGUCUACGUAUUCCAUUACUACGCCAUGAUUAUAGAGCUGGGUGCCACCGUGGGCCCAGUGCCCGGAUCAUACAUCGUUAUGGCUACUGCAGUCAGUUGGCGAUUCGUGGACUGGGCGACUAUCAUAUUAGCCGGAGCUCUGUUGACACUUGUGGUCCUCUUCCUUCCAGAAACUUAUAGUCCAGUUUUACUCCGAUGGAAGGCACAGCAACUUCGUCGCCUAACCGGUGAUGACCGUUACCGAGCACCACUGGAGUUCAAGAAAGUGUCCCUACCACGACGACUUCGCAACGCAUUCAGCAGAUCUAUCCUCUUUUUCUGGACAGAGCCCAUCAUUGUGAUAUUUGCUGGGUACAUGGCAACCGUCUUUAUUAUUCGGUACACCUUUACCGCUGGCUUUACCUCGAUCUUUGAGGACACCUAUAAACUCAACAAAGGCGUAACGGGCCUUUGCUUCCUCGCAAUCUCCACGGGAAUCGUACUCGCUAGCUAUCUUGCCCCGACACCUACCACGCUCGCCGACACAACUUGCCGCGACCCGAACCCGAAUGUAACCUAUACAUGGUCAUGUUCGAAGCACCGGGAAUCCCAAUAUAACUACUCUGGAUGGGCUGGACAGCUCGUCCCUCAAUCUCGAUAUGGUGUCCCUUGUCCGUGGCACUCGUGUGUUUGGAUUCGGCGUCUGGGCGUCGUCGUCGCUUCGUAUCAGUAUAUCGCAGCGACGUUCGAGUACUACACUGCUAGUGCGCUGUCCACCAUCCAGGCGACACGGGUUACGGCUGCGGGCAUGAUGGCUGUGUUGGCGCAGAUUAUGUAUAAGAAUCUUGGGGCAGCUUGGACGCUGACGUUGUUGGGGGGUAUUGCGAUGUUGUUUUUGCCAUUGCCUUAUCUGCUGUUUAAAUGGGGGUCUAGAGUGCGGCAUUCGAGUCGACUUGCAAGGGAGCAUGAGUGA